CGCGGCCGCCGAGCGAUGCUGGCGGGAGCGCUUCGCCGCGGGCUGACGCAGGCGAACCACGAUGGCGGCGAACGACGUCAAAGUGACGCCGCGCUGCGUGCUGGACGCCAACGGCUGCCUGUCGCUGCGCGACAUCCUCGUCUCGUUCAACGCGCCCAUCAACGAGCAGCACGCGUGGGCGCUGUGCUACCAGUGCGCCAAGUGCUUCCGCGGCUGCCUGCAGACCAGCCGCCAGACGCACCAGCGCUGCUUCUGCGUGUCCGAGCUCGAGCACCUCCUGUUGCACCGCGACGGGCACGUGCACCCGAGCAGCGUGUUCGGCAGCGACGCCGCCGGCACGCACGCGUCCCGUCUGCCGGCCACAUGUGAAGCCAAGGGCUCAGUCAUGUCAUCAACGUUCCCUCCAUCGUAGUUUGGAAAGUUUUUUCCUCCUACCUUC